ACAUUUGACAAUAAAUAACAAUAGCGUGGAAGCGCUCAUCGACUUGUUACCGAGUUUAUUUUUAACAAAUAUUUUUUAAACUUAACCGAAAUGGUGGAAAAUAAUGAAAUGGAGUUGUCUGAAGCUGAGGCAGAACAAUAUGACCGUCAAAUACGUUUGUGGGGCUUAGAAUCUCAAAAAAGAUUACGCGCUUCUAAAGUUCUCGUGAUCGGCUUGUCCGGCCUGGGUGCCGAAAUUGCUAAAAACAUUAUACUUUCUGGAGUUAAGAGUGUGUGUCUGCUAGAUAACGAGAAAUUGAGAGAAACUGACCAGUAUUCCCAGUUUCUAGCGCCACCUGAUAAAAUCGGCGAAAACAGAGCUGAGGCGUCCUUAUUAAGAGCUAGAGCAUUGAACCCCAUGGUUGAUGUGACAUCAGAAAAAAAAGCAGUAGAUGAUUUACCAGACAAUUUUUUUACUGAAUUUGACAUAGUCUGCGCAACUGGCUUAAAACAAGAACAAUUGGAACGUAUUAAUAAUGCAUGUCGAGAUUGUAACAAAAAGUUCCUUUGCGGUGACGUUUGGGGUAUGUUCGGCUACAUGUUUACCGAUUUAGUGGAUCACGAAUAUUCUGAGGAGAUAGUUCAACACAAGGCUGUUAAACGAGGUCCAGAUGAUUCUGAGAAGAAUGCUCGUGAAACAGUUACAAUCACUGUAAAACGACGUGCAAUAUAUGUACCACUACAGAAUGCAUUAUCUGCUGAUUGGUCCAAACCGGAACUACGAUCAAGACUACGUCGUGGAGAUCCCUCCUACUUUGUGAUGAAAAUUCUCUUACGCUUCCGCGAUGAAUAUAAUAGGAACCCUGAUCCUGCUAAACGUAAAGCUGACACUGAGAUUAUCUUCAAAAUGAGAAAUGAUCUUGUUAAAGAGUUAAACCUUCCAGCUGGAUUUGUAAGUGAUGAAAUAUUGACUGAUGUAUUUGGAAUUGUGUCUGGUGCAGCAGCAGUUAUGGGUGGAGUCAUUGGGCAAGAGAUAGUAAAAGCAGUGAGUCAAAGGGAGCCUCCACACAACAACAUGUUUUUCUUCAAUCCAGUCAAGUGUGUGGGCUUUGUAGAACUGUAUGGCCAGUGAGUAUCUCAUUUAUUAAAAUUGUGAACUAAGUUAUAAUAAAUAUUUAAAAAGCACAA